AGUUAUUACCAAAUGACUAAUGUAAAAAAUACAUGAUAUCAGAUGUGUAUUAUUUAAACGGGUACGUUAGUGAGUGCUAAUAACAUUUAUUUAGACCACACAUAGGCACAUAAUUAAGACGUUACUGUGAUAUUAGGAGUGUCCAUGAAUCCCGCGGCAGUCUCGUGAUAACGAGGAAGUGUCGUUAGGAGGAGGACCAGAGACGUGUUUUGUGAGUUGGAGAUACAUAGACAGUAUGGUGUGAAGUGCACAGCUGUUGUGAUCCGGUCAGAAUAAAGUUACGAAAGAGGGUCAGACUUGUGUGACUGUGUGUGAGACUGUGUGGGGACACUACACAAGGCUUCCGUCUGCCAUAAGAGUGUUCCCACGCACGCCCCAUUGUGUCAAGAGUCGAGUGCAAGUUAUUCAUUCGCUAACAUUUACCAUGACCAGGAAAGUUAUUCUGUUGGGACUCCUGCUCGUCUGUGUGGCUGCAGACACAAAGACGUCUGGAUCCCUGAGAAAGCCGUCCUGUCCUUUUAGAGGCAAUGCAGAUCAGCCUAUACCAUGCCCAAUGAAUUUUGAUCCCGUGUGUGGGAGCGAUGGAAACACAUACGCCAACGAAUGCGCCCUUUGUGCUGAAAAUAAACGUACAAAGAUGGACGUUUUGAUUGUCAAGAAUGAAAGCUGCUGACCUUUGUAGCUGCUCUGCAAGAUGGAUCUCUCAACACUGGAAAUGUAACCAGCAGAUAAACCAUAAAAAAAUGGUCCAUUGUGCUACUGAUGUAUCCAAAAUACUAUUAAUUAAAGUUAAUAUGACCUGAAGACAGAGAA